GUGUUUUGAGUGACGUCACGAGGCCCUGGGGGUCACGUGAUAUUUUCUCGCAGCAGGACAUCUGGUCUCUUGAAGGGAACUCGACCUGAAGGAGCUGCUAUCGAGACCCGUUUACAUCGGACUACCGGCGCGGCACCAUGGACGGCAGGAGCUACGGUUCAGGUUACUCCAGUUGGGGAGGGGGGGGGUCAGGCAGCAGAGGUUCUGGUGGCUUUGACCUGUAUGGGGGGGGCUAUAAAGACUCCAUGUCCGGGCUCGGUGGCUAUGGAGAUGGAGGAGGAGGAGGAGGAGGAGGAGGAGGAGGAGGAGGAGGAGGCCACAUGAAGAGAGGUCUCUCUGGAGCGUCGCUCUCCUGCUCCACCGGCACCAAUGCAGACGCGGUCAUUGCUAAGAUCAACCAGCGGCUGGACAUGCUGACCCAGCUGGAGGGCGGGCUGAAGGGGACCCGGGCCGACAGGUACGACCACUACGAGUCCUUCGACUCGCGCUCCUCCACGCUCGCCUCCUCCCGAGAUCUCUACAGAUCUGGCGGCGGUAGCUAUGGCUACGGCGAUGGUCGCGAGGACACCAUGCUGCUGAGUCAGCGAGGAGGCUCUGGCUUCGGAGGGAGCGGGGCUGGGGGCGGAGGAGGAGGCUUUGACAGCCCCUCCUCUUCCUAUGGAGUCGCUAAAAUGCGACAGAAUAUGAGGGAGUCAUUCAACAGUGGCCAGGAAAGAGGCUCUGGAGGCGGAGGAUGGCCCGGAGCGGGCCGACGCUCCCCCCGAAGGGGUGGCAGUGCCGGGGGUCGAGGAGCUGGCGGAGGAGGCGGAGCCGGGUUUGGAAGCCGCCGGUCCGACCCCACUCCUCUAGGCGGAGGCGGGCGGGGCAGCGGCGGCGGUGGCCAGUCCCACCGCGGCCGCUCCCCGGGAGGUGGUAGAGGAAAGCUCCCAUCCCUCCUGUCCAACCGCAUGUACCCCGAGACUGGGGGCUUCCAUCAGGGCUCCACAGGAGGGCCUCACGACUUUCCCGGGAGGCACUUUGGAGGGGGUCCGCGGGCCGGCCGCCAGCGGGGCCGCAAGAGACCCCUCAACAAACAGGUGAAGCCACAGCGGGACGUCCAGAAGAAGAGGAAGCAGACACUCACGGCCGCCGACGAGCCGGAGUCCAAGAUGAACCGCACGGAGAGCGCCGAGGCAGAAGCUCCUCAAGAGCAAACAGAGAAAAACGGUGCUGAUGGUGAAGCGAAGACGGAGCCGAACCCUGAAGCAGGUGGAGGUCCAGAUUCACCACAACAACAACAACAACAACAACAGGAGGAGAAGAAGAGUCCGCAGGACAAACAAAGUCAGGACAAGCACCCAAAGAUGAGGAAGAGGCGGGGCUUCCUGGAGAGGGUGAUGUUCGCCUGCUCCGUCUGUAAGUUCCGCUCCUUCUACAAGGAGGAGAUGGAGGCGCACCUGGACAGCCGCUUCCACAAGGACCACUUCAAGUUCCUCUCUGGACAGCUGUCCAAGCCCACCACGGACUUCCUCCAGGAGUAUCUGCAGAACAAGUUUAAGAAGACAGAGCAGAGAGUCGGACAGCUGGAAAACCACAGUGCUGCAAUCUGUCAGGUGUACAAGGAGCAGGACCUCACCCGGGAUCUUGGCAUGGAGCACUUCAUGAGGAAGGUGGAAGCCGCUCACUGUGCCGCGUGUGACCUGUUCAUCCCGAUGCAGCCGCACCUGAUCCAGAAACACAUCAAGUCUCCAGACCACAACUACAACCGGAAGGGCAUGAUGGAGCAGUCGAAGAGGGCCAGCCUGUCCGUCGCCCGCAGCAUCCUCAACCACAAGCUCAUCGGCAAGAAGCUGGAGAGCUACCUCAAGGGAGAGAACCCGUUCACCGGUAACCAUGACGACCAGGACCCAGAGGACUCCAUGGUGAUGGACGUGUCAGAGCUGGAGUUGACCAGCGAGGCGGCGGAUGGACAGACGGAGGCGCUGGAGGAGGAAGAGGCGGUGAAGGCGGUGGCUGAAGAGGGAGACAAGCCAAGAGGCGUCACCACAAUGAAACAACAACAACCAACAACAACAACAACAACGGCAGCCGUAGAGGAGGAAAAGAUGGAAGAGGGAAACCAGGAAGAGGAGGAGGGCUUUGAGGUAGAAGAGGAGGAGGAGGAGGAGGAAGGAUACGUGGUACACGACGAGGUCGGUGAGGAGGGGCUACAGAGCGAGGAGGAAGGAGUCGAGGGUGGAGAGGAGGCAGCAAAGGAAGGAGACGAGAAGGAUGAAUGACUUUAGCACCGGGCCAGUCGGUGCCCCCCUCCUUACCCCGAGCUCGUCUCCUUUUUAUUUGUUUAAAAGAUCCACAUUCACGGAAAUACUUUGAUGCGUUCAAGUUUCUGCCCCGUGAAAAGGAGUACUCGCCCCCUCGGCUGAAGGACUUCAGAGUGAUUUCUCAGAAUGUGGAACUUUUCCUCUUUGAUUCUGUCUCUUGUGCCUUUUUUUUUUUGUUUGACGUAUUUCUUUUUGGAAUAGUUUAUGAAAUCAUGUAAUCAAUAAGUUGUGCUUUGGUCGAAGCGGCCCAGGUGAGCGAGGGUACCUGGAGGCAACGUUUGGGAUAAUUAUAAUUUACAUUAUCGUCGUUUCACUCUUAAGACAUAAACCUGUUCAAUAAAUCACUGUUUUCAUUCA